UAGUUGGGUUUGUUUUUUUUUUUUUUUUUUUUUUCAUUGUUUGUGUUGUUGUUGUUGGUACAUUCUACCACUGCUAGAAUAUGUACCUUUAACCAAAUAUCCUGCCUAAUUGCUUCCCAGAUGUCAUCCCGCAUACCGAACGUGUGGUUCCACGACGACGGGUCUAACUUGACUAUGAGGGAGUUCUACGAACAACACCAGAACAAUCUGCCCAGGUUGGCUAUCGUCACUCAGGGCUUUGACGGAGGCGUCGAGUUAGACACUUUCGGGAUUGGACAGGUCAUGAGAAUCCAUUGCGCUUGUAAACAAAAACGAGCGGUGACCAUAGAUGGCGCUGGGCGGAAUAUAACGAUUCCACUGGACUAUCCGUUAAAGUUCCGAGUCUACACACGAAAGAAGAAAGAUGUUCGUGGCCAGAAUUUGGGUGAGAUCGUGAGGACCCAUGCACUACCCGUACAGUUGGAGUUUGCUUGUUCAGAGAACUACAGGUUCGACGUUGGUAACACGCAGGCCAGUGUUAAGUCAUUUGGAAAACUGACGGUUUCGAAAGUUUACGAUGAAACAUACCUCAUUGCCAACACUAUUCAAGAAGGAGUACUCGAGUUGCACACUAUACUGGUUCCACUGUACCUACAGAAAGUGUUGGUGUCCACGGUGGUCGGGAUAAAGGAUCAGACUUACGAACAGUUUCGAGACUUCGUCUGUGGCAUCGAGGAUGCUGCGAGGCAAAUGAUAUACGACAGGAAGACUGGCAACGAAAAUAUUGCCAUGUACAAACAGGCCGAUAUUGACGAAUCGAAAUCGGAGAAUGUGUACGAGCUGCUUGAACCGGAGAGAUUUUUCAAGAUGACGGGAGAGUACUCCACAUUGCAAGUAGCAGCAGAAGAAACCCAUCCACAUGCCAAGACGACUGGCGCAAGGAAGACAACUCCAUCAGGGAGUUGUCCACCACAGAAAGAUCGUGUACCUGGACUACCACCCAGAACUAUUGUCCAGAGACCAAUACCACCCGCCCCGCGUGUACCCUCACCAGACUAUGACCGCACAGAUGAAAGUCAGCAGCCAGGCGAAACCAGCAUUACAGGGGAGACAACCCAGUCUACGAAUCGCCCAACACUGCAAGAUAGCCAAUUCCGUUUACCACACAAACGUAAUCUGGAAGGUUUCAUGUUUAGAUCCCAGGAACCGCGUCCACUUCCGUCCCCGUUUCCGCAAAAUGAUGAUGGUCUUCGUGCUAGCAAAGCCUCCCCACCGCUUCCCGAACGUGACCCAGUUCAGCAACCCGAGCGUGCGUCUCCAGAGAAAGCUUGCAACAGAAGUGUGAAUGCGUACGUCAAUGCCAUAGAAAGAGCUGUGGUAGCUCCGUACGUAGCCAGUAUGUCAAGACAGAGUGCUGUGGGUGCCGUGGUUACAGCAGAGAAAAAGGCCCACGAGUUAACGAUAGGUGAACUGGCAGUCAAGAUGAAGAGUCUGAGGUUAGACAGACACGUGGAUUCGUUCAGGAAAGAAGGAAUCGACGGAUACCUGCUCUGUAAGUUGACCAAUAACGUCCUGGCCAAGGAAUUCAGCUUCACAGAACUGGAGACCAUAAAGCUGAUGGCGUUCAUUGAAACUGGACAUAUCCCGCAGUGAAAAGGAAUCUGCUACAAAUGGAAUGACUGAUAGUGAAAUAAUGUAGUGUUUAAUACGACCUCACACCGAAAUAGUGCACGAUAUAAAACGGAAAUCAAAAAGUGAAAUCUGUAUGGUACAAAACGAAAUCCGAAAGUGAAAUAUGUGUGGUACAAAACAAAAACCACAAAGUGACAUGGUGCAUGGCUCACAACGAAAUUUACAGUUAUCAAGUACAUAAUAGAAAACGAAAAUCCCACCAUUGAAUAUUAUGUAUUUUAAAACGACAUUGUGGAAUAGCGCACGACACAAAAUGAAAAUCAACAGUGAAAGAGGACAUAGCUAAAAGUGGGUUGAAAAUUAACAUUAGUGAUUUCUUUAGAAAUUUGGCACGGCAUGGUAUACUAAACACUUUGGGGGCAUUUUCACCAUUUUCGGGGCACUUGUAUUUCAUUAAAAAUAGACAAAAAUUAAUUGAAAUAAACAUUAAUGUAA